AUGUGCGACAGCCUCAACGAGCUCGAGGCCUCGGUCAUGAUCUCACUGGGGCGCGCCAAUCGCGGCGUCGGCGCUGCCGGCCUGCGCCGCGUGCGCAACCCCACCCUGCUCGCCCGCGCCAUGCUAAACCUCGGCGGCUCAUCUAGCCCCUCCUCUGCCAGUCCCCUUUGUGACAGCCAUCUCAGCAUCCCCUCGACGCAGAGCAACACGCUCCUGCACGGCCCCGCCGAGCAGCUGGCGGCGCAAUACGGCCUAGCCCUCGUCGAGCCCUCGUACUCCUUCACGCAGAGGCGGUGGGACGAGCACGUCACGGCGCUAGAGCCGAGAAGGCGUCCGGCGGCCGAGCCCGCGACCUGGUCAGCGACCGAGUACCCGCCGCAGGGCACACGUUCUGAUUGUCCUGGCUUUUUAGCAGAGAUGGGAGGGGUCUCACUUUGUCUAACCGCCUUGACACGGCAUGCUAUGCGCGCCACCAGCACCGGCGGCCUGACCAACAAGCUGACGGGCCGCAUCGGCGACACGCCCGUGCCGGAGCCGGGUUUCAGGCUGAGGAGUGGGAGGAGCGCGGCGAUAGAUUGA